UUAGAAACCGGAUUCCACUAAAUUCAUGCAAUUGGAUUAAUAAGAAUACAGGGCCAAUGGGACUUCACACCUUGAUUUCUAUAGAACGACGCAAUAAAUACAAUGGGAAUGCAAAAGUUUGGAUUUGGCCCUGAAUUUUGUAGUCUGUUAAUCAGCGGAUACAGUGGUUUCUUUCUUAAAAUGGGAAUUUUUUAAGAGAUCUGCAAAGGAGGAUUUAUACAAACAUUAAGCUUACCGGAGAGACUACAGAUACGUCAUCGCUUAAAUUCUAUAGAACGACGAAAGAACCUGAUCCCCAACACUACGAUAUGGUUUUUGUACCCGUUUGAUUUGAAUGAGUACCAGAAUUUCACAAGAAUGACGACUGGUAGUGGAGUUGUGUUGAGAAACAGGUGCUGGUAAUUCGAUCGUUGCUUGGCUUGUGUUCUUCAGCUAAUUUCACAGUUCAACAUUUCUGGUUGGAUGGAAAAGGAGCACUCCUAUGGUAUGAGGUUUAUCAGUAUUUGGUACUUUGGAUUUGCCUUGUCAGUUAGCAUUCUUUUGAUUGGGAGCUGGAAAUGGUCGAGAAAUUACCGCAGACCGCAGGUGUCGUGCGGGCUCAAGGGAGCAUUUAGUGGAAUUGUGCUGGUUAUUGUUUACAACCAUCCCCUGUAUUCAAGCAUCCCUCUUCUACGAAAACUCUAUUCGCCUGCCUUUAAGCACAUCAUGUUUUGCGGCGAAAAGGGAACGAGUAAUCGAACGGAGCAAAGCGUAGAUUACCUCUACAUCCGUAAAGGAUUCUUCGCUUACGCCUGCCUCGCUAGAGCUUCGGAAAAAUACGAAGACACCGUCGGGAUUGACGGUUACUUAUUGAUCAGUGACGACGUGUUAUUGAAUUAUUGGAAUUUUGUCCCCUUUGAUCGAAAGCGCAUAUGGGAAGGACCGAAAGUCCCCGUGACAUUUAAUGGUACCGGUGUUAAGAAGAAGUGGUAUUUUUGGGAUUCGAGUUGGGGCAUUCAGAAAUGUCAAAAAUCUUAUAACGAGAUUAUACACGAAGCUCGUCAUAGAGAAGAUUCCAACUCACUAACAUUUGUAAAAACGCUAAAGAGCAACGGCGUAGGUCAAGCUAAAUGCUUUAGAGGACGCUCCGAUAUAUUUUACAUUCCGCGGAAAUUUUCAGCGCAAUUUCAAAAGUUGGCGUAUAUUUUCUAUAAACAUGGAGUCUUUCUUGAGAUCGCUGUGCCUACCAUUUCGCGAAUGUUAGAUUUAGAGAGUAAUUUUGUGUACAUCCCUGGUGUGUAUUUACCAGGAAGGGUAAACGACACAACUGUGUUGGGCAGUAAUUAUUUCUGGCAGGUGUACAACAAGUCGCUGCAUUUUGUGCAUCCGCUAAAGCUGAACUACGCAGACGGGGACAUGAACAGGGCGUUGCUCAACACGUGGGUGAUGGACCACAUCGAGACUUUAACAAGAUGUAGGAGUAAAUACACAACAGAAUAAAGAGAAAUUCCCCUCAA